AAAUCCAGUUCUUCUUUUUACCCUCAAACUCCUCAAAAAUGUCCAAUUCCAGAUCAUCAAGCUGGUGGACAGUAGAAUGUGAAGAAAUGGCCAAUCUUGCAAUCGUUAGUCUGGUGCCGGAGGAACAGCAAAGACAUCUCUUCGACGGACUCGGGAAACGCCCAGCAACAAGCAGGAGCGUCCAAGAAUAUCUCCAAUACACCAGCUCUCUGGGCUAUCAUUUCGAUGAGUUAAAACUCUUUGAGGCGCUCUUCAAACAUUUCGGGAUGGAAGAUGUUCGCGACACAUUCCUGCUUUGGCUACUCGGCGAAGUCCUGCCUCGCUUCCAAGGCUCAACGGAAAAGCUCAAGACUCUUGAGUCUUCCGUUCAAAAGCUUUCUGAAAGGACUGCGAAGCUCGUAGAAGAUCUCUCGAUAUCUGCGACUAUCGAUGACGGAGGGUUUCCAGUAGAUGCAGAAGAAGGAAUCAGACAACUUGGUGCUACCUUGAUGGCCCAGAAGCAUCUGUUUGCCUCAGAACACGACUCUGAAACCUUCAACAGAGACCUCCAGAUAUGCAUGGAACCUUGCUUCAAGAAUUUUGUAAGCCGGGUGGAGUCUCUGGAGCAGAUGGUCAAGGAGAACCGAGAAGGCAUGAAGCUCUACCAGCCAGUCACCCAAGGCGAAGAGUUGGCAGCUCGUGUUCAAGCUCUGGAGAACAAGAUAAAAGAGCUGCAACCUCCUUUCUCGAUGCUGUCGGAUGCCGCAGAAUCUUCGACCUGCACUCUCACGCCUGCUUCGACCGUGGUAAAUGACUCGAAUAACGAUGUAGCUGGGUUUCGACACGCUGAAGCGGCCACUGCAGCGCCUCUUCGCCUGCGCGUUGCAGUAUACAAUUCUCUACCCGGGUGCUCCAACAGCGUCUCGAGACUAACGCAAAAAGUUCUCGUGAAGAUGUACCCACACACUCCAUUCAGGUUUCUUACAGACAAGCUUGCCGAGAAGUUCGGCGACCACCAGCUGAGCUCGAGUCACAGUGGUCAAAGCAUUUUUGACAGCGAAACACCUAAAUCUCUUGGAUUGGGAGACUCUGCGGAACUGACAUAUUCCAACACAGUUGGUAGUAAAACCAUCGAUUUGACUGUUAUGUAGAUAGACCACCAUGUCUCUUGUGUUUCAUCGCCGAAAGCAAUUACAGAAAGAAAACCACGAAACCAUGAGGACACGAGGCAGCCAAUGAAGACCUGUUCCGAAUGCGACGUUG